AUGCAAGCUUCGACGGUCCGCCAGCUCGGGCAGGGGACGGAGUUUGAGAAACAAGCCUCCGUCUCAGCCACGCCCAGCGACCCGCGGCGCACAGUUGCUAACACCGUCACACGCGCCCGCGACUCGAACGCCAGCGCCCGACAGCCAUCCUGCCUCCGCCGCGAGCUAGCAAUACCACCAGCAUCGCUUGGUGGAAUCUCCCCACCGCACCUGCUGGGAAGCACGUGUGCACGCCCCGGCCCAGAAACGGGAGCUCCUGGCCAGGCUACUUGCCUUCUCCUCCAUCUCCCGCGUCCGGGGGAGGAAGCGCCAGUUGUCCCGGGGACCCUGCCGAGCUUCCCGCGGAGCAUCCGAUCGGCCAGUGCAGAAAGCGAGACGAGGAGACGACGAGGGCCGUGA